UCGCUAUCAUACAGUGCUCUCCAGUUCCCCCACUCCACCUCCAAACUCCAGUCCAGUUUCGGAACGCCGGGCGGGCAGCGCCGCCGUAGGAUGAGCUUGGCGUCAGUCGUUUCUUCCGCGAGGACGUCCCCGGCUUUCGCGAGGGACACCGCCGGCUCCUGCCGUCGUGACUGCACGCGCCACCUUCCGCUCGGCGGCGUGCAGGUGCCUUCCGCGUGCCAAUUAGCCUGCCGCUUCACGCGCAGCGCCGCGCGGCGGCUGCCAGUCGCUCUUGCGACUGGAGGCGGUGCAGUUGGUGAUGCUUUUGUUACUGAGGGCUCAACAAAUGUGAAGUUUCCUCGGGAGUUAAUAGUUCCAGGCUACACAGGCUCUUUGGUUAUACUUGGCACAGGUUACAGAGAUAAGUUCUUUGUCAAACUAUAUGCUGCCGCAUUCUAUGUGGAUUACUCACUUGGCAUUGACACUGAGCAAUGGAAAGAAAAGAUUGGUAUUGAGAGCUUUGAUUCUAACUCUGUUUUUGACUCCAUUUUUAAAGCACCGGUUGUGAAAUCAUUGAGUAUUAUUCUUGUUAGAGAUGUUGAUGGCAAGACCUUUGUGAAUGCUUUGAAUGAUGUCAUUGCUCGCAAAAUAAAAAAACCAAACGCUGAGGAAGAAUCUUCCCUGUCAACGUUCCAGAAUACAUUUCUUGGGCGCAAUCUCAAACAGGGCACAAGCAUAUAUUUAACCUGGAUGGAACCCUCAAGAAUGCUGAUCUCCAUUUCAGAAAAUCAAGAUCCAAGUCAAGUCGAUGCAGAGAUAAAAUCUGCUACUGUUAAUUAUGCUGUAUACGAUGGUUUCUUUGGUAAUUCUCCGGUGUCCCCUUCUCUGAGAUCAUCUACUGCUCAGUUGCUGGAAGCUCUUCUUACGAAGUGACAGUAAACGGUCCUUUUUUCCCAAGAAAUGCAGGAUGUCUGGGCACCCGUGAUUAAUAGCCUCUUAGAUACAGGAAACUGGAGUAAUUUAAUUAUGAGACAGCUCAUAUGUAAUAUUUUUUGCCACACUUGAUGAGAUAUCACUACACCAAAACAGCUCAAAUUCUUUGGCCA